AUGGCACCGCAUUCUGGUGUCAAUGGCGAAAGUAAAGGAGAAGGACAGGACCAUGCUCUUGCGUAAGCAUUUUGUGUUUAAAUUGUAGUUUGUGUGGCUUUUUAAAGAACCUGAAUAUGUCAACAGCGUACCGAAAAAUACCGCGUGUAAAUCUUUGUCAGGAUUCAACGCAGUUUCAUCGAAAGACUCCAAUUUACGUUGAUACUUUCAAGGUUUCCUUGUUUCGUUUCAGUCUUAAGUUCUUUGGUUAGUCGGUCAUUGUUGGCACGUUCAGGAUCGGUUUGCGGUUGUUAAAUACAAAUACGUUUUUACAAUUUCUACUUCGAACCUUGGAUCCGAGAGGAAAUGGAAGUUCAUCAGUUGAUUGUUUAGCUAUUUGUCACACGUAAACGAUGAUUGUUAUUAUUUAGUAUGGCUUCGUCGUUGUUGUAAGAUUGCAGUAGCUUCAUGUGUAACCGGUGGGAUAAGUGUUUUGUGAGUUUGUACAUAACGGCUCGUCUGAUUUCAAUAUCUCCUAGGCGUGACUACAAAUAAUAAUUGCAUUGAUUUUUGUACCCGCAACUGUCGAAGUUUAUCACAAAUUUCCAUGUUUUUCGAUCGAAGCAAAUGAAAUAGGCAAAAUGUACUCGAUUCAUGUUAAGUCAGGCUUCUUUUUCUUAACUGUGUAAGUUAGGUUUCGCACACAUUUUACCUUCGCUUGCUGGGGAAUCGAAUUGAGUGGAUGCUCUGUUUCUGAAAGCACAGUUUGCAGAAUGGUGUUAACAUCUUGUCGCUUACAAAAUUAGUCAUGUGAUCCGCUGAAUUACUUGUUAAUUGUUCCAAGAAAAUUGUGAUUUUUAAGAAACUUCCUGACAGACAGAUUGUUACACUUUCGGGGAAAGAAUUCCCAUCAGUUCAGAAGUUCCAACGCAUGAACCGUGAAAAUAUGUAAAUAGCUGUUUCGAGUCGGGUUUCUUGAUGUAAACAAAAAUGAUUUGAUAAAUAAACUAAUAUCAAGUUUUCGUUAUUUUAAUUAAGAUCCUAGUUUAAAAAACUUUCCACUGAAUUUGAGGUGUUAUUGUAAUGAUGAACAUCACAGCUUAAAAUAAUUCUUAAGUACUUGCCCUUUUGCUAACUUUUUAAAAGUUGAACUCAGGGUGAUGGAAAAGACAGGAAUAACCAUGAAUAGGCAAAAUAACAACCAACAAAGGCUAUUGCAUCAACAUCCUUUUAAAAUAUCUGCUGGUAUCUUUUGUCAAAUUGUAGUUUUACCAUGAUGAUCCUGAACAGGGAACUUAAAUUUCAUUUUCGCAAGUUAAAUAGAUCUGAGGCAAUGGGAUUUAGUCAGGUAAUGUUUCAGCAACAAUGUAAUCAAACUUGGUCAGGUUUUUUUACAGGGGGGAAGUAGAAAUCAAUUAUGUUAUGCUGAAAGAGUAAGUGGAUUCUAUUUGAACCUUAAUGUUUUAGAAAAUUGCUGCUUAACUUGAAUCCUGUCACGUAAUCUUUCUGUUUUUAGCAGUUGUAUUAUGUUCAUGAUCAUACUGUUGAUUUCCUGAAUAUUAGAGAGUCAUCUUGCAUUAGUUUAAACUGUCAACCUCUGUAUGUUUAAAUAAGAAGAAUUGUAUUUGCAUAAAUUUUAUUUGGGAAAGACAGAGAAAUUGUGUAUGUUAAUUUUAUUAGCAGCCAAAAUAUGGCCAAAAGAGCAUGAUAGAUAUGAAGCUUCACUGCAGGGCCACCAGUUUAUUAUGGGUAAUGAUGUGGUUUCUUUAGUCUUGUGAUGCAGUCAAUUUUUGAUGCAGAUCUCUGCAAUGAUGUCAUCUAGUUAUUUUUAAUUUUGAAGAAUGAUAACUAUUCAUAUUAUAUGUUAAUCAGUUUUUUAUACUUAUACAUGUCCAAUUGAUGUGUUGCGUAAGCAGGAAGCUUUUAAGUCAUGCAUGACUUUAUUUGUACCAUGUAUUCCUUUACACUAUCCUGAGUAUUUCUCUAUGAAUUUUGGUGAUCCAAAUAUUUAAUUAAGGUACAAUAUUUUUGGAGUUAGCAAACUCCAAGACAAAUGAUGUUUUGUCUGUGUUUUACCUUUUUUUUUUUGCCUUUCGGAGGGUUUUCACUGUCUCAUAAAUAUCUUGGCUAAAUGCCAUAAGUGAAACAAUUCAUACGAUCAACACGAUUUAAGAGAAAUAUGUUUUUUCUUUUUGUCUUGUCAUGUACGUGGGACAAAGAAAAAAUUCUGGGUCCCCAUGAGGAAUCAAACCUCAGACCUUCAGAUUCUGCGCUCUGAUGCUCAUUCAAGGGUUUGUUUACCAAAUUAUAUGGAAAGAACUCAGGCGUAGCAAAAUCCUUAGUCUUGUUACCAUUUUGUUAUUUCAGAAAAGACGGGGCUUCACUCUAUGAUGUUCUUGGAGUUGACAAAAGUGCAACACAAGAAGAAAUUAAGAAAGCGUAUAGGAAGGUGAGACUUGUAAACUUGUAAACUUGUCAUGUGAUUGUAAUGUGGGCAAAUGGUUCAAAUGGAAAUUAAAGUCCAUACAUGAUUUUUUCUUUUCCUUCAAACAUUCAGCCCUUAUUGUCCUAACAUCUCAGUAUCACUUCUCUUUUGUGAAAUGCAUUUCUUAGAAAUUGUUCUUUGAGAAUUUGGUUCUCAGUCAGAAGUUUUCUUUAUUUUUGUCAUCUUUGUGGUUGACAACAUUUUUAUAUUAUAAGGAUAAAUAACUUAUUGGCUGCUUGUGAAAGAUUCAAGACCUGCACAACUGUAAAUUUUUGAACUUUGAGCAUUUAGCAAACUGCUCAAAAUUUUUUGAAAUUUUGGUAUUUACCCUGAAACUGGAUGAUUGUGUGAAAUUUUAUGUUGGGGGUCACAUUGCUAUGAGCCCUUUUAACAGAGAACUUUUCUGACUUGUGUGUUGUUCAGAAACACUUUUUUUAAUCUUCAGAUCAGAUGUGAACUCUUUUUAUUGAUAUAUAUGCACUCACAUCACAGUUUCUUUUAGAACACACUGUUAAAACUGUGACUCUAUUGCUGAUGCAUCAUGCAUGGAUAAUUUGUGGUUGAUUUUAGGCAUAAAAUUACUCUGAAUUAUUUGGUCCUGUAAUUGUUUAUAGCCUUCCGUUCUGAUAUUUAUAUUUAUAAGCAUUGAUAUGCCACCCUACUAAUUCGAAGUAUUAUGCAUUAGACUUACUAUAAACCCUCUGAUUGCUUGAGAGCAUACAGUCAAUAUAAAAUAAUGUGUGAAGUUGAGAUGAUAACCUAAUGUCUUCAGCAGAUAUUGGGUUAUCAUGUGGAGUUCAAACUCAAAGUUCCUAGUUUGCGAGCCCCUUGUCUAUGUGGUGUUCUCAAACUUUUGCAAAGCUAGAGAGAAGUGUCUUCUUUUGCAGAUUGUUUAGAAAAAUGAGUAAUAAAAAAAAUUGCUGUAUUGAAUUCAGUUUUCACAUGAUAUCAUUAAUUAUCAAAUCUUGUGACUGUGUAACUUAGACCUCCGCAUUGAUAAUUCAUGAUAUCAUGCUCAACCUCAUCCAGUAAUUGCUCUUUGUAUGUCAUUCUGUGUGUAUCACACUAAUGGCCAGCAGAUUUGUUAAUUAGUUUUCUGCCUUUUUGUCUUUUAAAUCAUUCAUUAUCUCAGAAUUAUGUGGUUGAGUUGAAGGCUUACUGUCUACUAGUCUGACUCCAUGACUAUUAGGGUAUAGCAAGCUUGUAUUUUGUGCAUUUUCCCAUAAAUACACACUGUAAACAGUUAUGUGCAUUGCAUAUGAGAUGGCUGAUAGCCAACAAGGCUGGUAUCACCUAUCAAAUUUGCAUGUGUAAUAUAAAGGGAUUUUUUCAUGGAAAGUGCGCACAAACAAAUUUUAUUCAAGAGCUGUGAUGCAUCAAAGAACUAACAAAUGAGGGCAGCUAACAAGUGAGUUUUUUAUUCAUUGCAACAUGUGGAUAAGAAUUGUUAAGCAUUUUCCAUAGCAUGAUGUUUUUAUUUCGUACAUAAUGAUUUUUUUUUCUUACUGACUAAGCCACUUCAAAGAUUGGAAGCCCUUUAAGUGCAAGAGCAAAUAUUUUUAAGAACACUGCCAAAUCUGCUCUGUAACAUGAUAUUCAGUCUGUUUACAACUAUAUAUUUCAAAUUUUGUUAUUUGUUUUCACGCUAAUUUGCUGAUGGCGAGACUUAAAAAGUCUCUUAAAAGAGAAAAAGGUAAUUCAUAUUUCAGCAAAUCUUAGCACUUCCUCUUUUAUUUUGCUGUUACAGAAAAUCAAGUGCUUGUUGCCCUCCCUUUGAAAAACUAUCAUUCAUGUGUUUGAUUAAGGGAAUGAUGUACUUUUCACAGUCACAAUUGGUUUAGUAUUUUUGUACAAAUCUUAUGCAUGUUUUUUUUUCCAUGUUUAAAUCUCGAUAUAAAUGAAGUAAAUGUGUUUUCAACAACUUUCAAGAAAAUAUCCAAAUAAUUUGCAGAAUAUGUGCUUUUUUUUUUCAUGGAAAAGUCUGUGGUUGUGAGGUCAGGUGUGUUGGCCUGUCAAACAAUCAAAAUAGUGGAAUUUAUGAUAUACAUGUACCAUCUUAAUGGGUAUCUUUAUUAAUGUAAUAUAUAAGUGUAAUCACAAUUAUAGUGUUACAACAAUAUCAGAUGUUAAUCAAAAAACUGUUUUUGUUUUAUUAGAUGGCACUGAAGCACCAUCCUGAUAAAAAUCCUAAUAAUCCUGAAGCUACAGAAAAAGUAAGUCAAUCUUUGCUUGGGAGAAAAAGAAAAUGUUGAUACUAACAUGGGUCUUGGAAAACUCUGAAACUCUUAGAAUUUGGCCUUCUUAUUAUUGACAGAAAUUUUAGCUUAGGGACUUUCUGAAGGGGAGACACCACUGAAACAGAUAUGACCCCAAAAUGCAUUAGGAGCCGUCAAGGAUUUCAUGUAUGUCUCCAUAACUUGUCCAAAUUCCCACGAAAAAUGCGUAGCAAGCAAGAACAACAACAAAUUUUUCUAACACAGUUGAUGAAGCUAUGAUGAUAACAAAGGAAACAGUCCAAAAAUCCACCAGGAUGUUACAAAUAUUGGCUCUAAGCACACAUCGCUAGUAAGAAUGUGAACCCUCUGCACCCUAACAUCACUUUGCAUUUUCUCUGUCCUGUUCUCCAUACAUUUUCUAAGGUGCUGACAAGGAGAAUUUGUUUAGCAAUCAAGAGCUUCUUCAGUUGGUGAUCAUUUUCUUUAUUCUCAUGACAUGAAUGAGUGAUUCAGGGGUGAUAUUGUAAGGAGAAAUUAUAUGCUGGUCACUGCGAGGGGUCAAAGGGUCAAUUAAUUGAUGCAGGUUUUGGGGAGUUUUGAUAAUCCAGCAUGUUUGGACAAAUUGUGCAUAUUCUGUGCAUAUUCUGUGCCUCACACUCAGUCAGAAGCCUUUUAAUGUUGUGACGUAGCCACAGUGAUCCUCAUUAAAACAAACUCUAAGAAUAACUAUUUUUUCUGACUUUAGGCAAAUGUUUGUUCUCUUUCAGUUUAAGGAAGUCAAUCACGCACAUAGUAUAUUAGCUGAUCCCAGUAAAAGGGAAAUUUAUGACAAGUAUGGCUCUAUGGGUCUCUAUAUAGCUGAACAAUUUGGAGAAGAGGUAAGAUCAAAUUUAUUGAUUUUGUUUUCUACUGAAUUAGGCAAUAUUUUUGUGACUGUCUGUUUUUGUUACAGAGCUUUUUUUGAAAUUUUCCUGAUUGUUUGGGGUUUUGAAAGAUUCUUUUAGAAAUAACAUCUCAUCACGGAAAGUCGUGUUUACAAGUGUAUUGAAAGCAUUAUCAAACCCCAAAAAACUCCCAGUAACAUCACAAGACAUCAUUUCAUUUAAAAGACCUUUUGUUUCACAACAUUCACCUCUACAUGAUGCCAAGUGCUAUGCCUCUCUUAUGUAAAUUGGUGUGAUCUGUAUCAUAAUGAAUAGAGAUUUCCACAACAUAGGCUUCUCAGUACAUGAACAAUAUCUCUGAUAUAAACCUUUUACCCCGGUGACCUGUGAGCGAAUUCUUCUCUCCCUAAGAAAACAUGUUUCUUUGACAGUGUAUUGAAGGACAAGCAGAAUUGAUCAGUUAUCACGUAACAGAUUAAAUGUCUUUUAUUAAAUUUUAACGCCCUUUUCCUGACCCGUUCCCUGGUAUGGGGUUAUUUGAAAAUGAUAUUGGUGACAUUUGGUGGAGGAUACAUGUAGUAAAAUUUAAAAAAUUAUUUCAACAUGCAAAGUGUCUUUUUCCCACUAAGGAAAAAAACACUCCACGACGAUAGUGUUCUUGUAAGCCUUUCCGGUACCGCAUUUAAUAUUUAAGUCCUCAGGGAUAUGAAAGAAAAGUUGAGAUAGUCUUGAUAGUUAAUGUGCAAACGAACGAAGCAGUCGAACGAAGCAGUCUGUCCUUUGCCUGAUAUAUUCAUGUUCUUGUUUUCAUGGUGUUUUUUUCGUUACAUUCGACUGCACGGAAGUAUACCGCAAUCCAGAAAUACAUGUAUUCUUUCGUUACUAAAGCUUCGCCUGGCAUGGUUGAAGGGAAUUACAAAUAAUUUUUUCAAGGGAAUUAUCGCUGAAAAGUUCUUUGCAAGGAAUAAAAUAGUAAUGGUCGUAUUUAGCUUGGUUUUCAUGCUUACUGUCUUCUUGCGAUAUGAAUUAUUUUUUUCCAGUUUUCCUCCCUCUGUAAAUUUUUUGUAUUAAAGUCCAGCCCGAAAAAUUAUUAAUUUAACAUGAGAGAUUUUCAUAAACUACUCGUAAUCAUUUUCAAUUAUUCAUUCAAGAAUCAGACCAAUCAAUGUUAUAGUAUUUGGUCUUCAAAGAGAAGGGGAAGAGUCUGUGUUCAUUGUUUUCAAAGCUAAACAUUUUGAAGGAAAGUUACACCUUGGUUACACUGAGAAAAGAGGUAAACUUGUUUUCACACUGAGAGAGGGCCCCAUUCGUGCAAUGUACAAGAAUUAGUGUCAAUUAGGUGAUAAUUGAAAGGAAAAGAGCUGAUUUAUUUUGAAGAUGUCCUUUCCUAAAAGAAAAGAAAGCACUCCAGCUGAUAAUAAAAGCUCUUUGUUUUGGCGUUGGAAUCGGCUUCAAGUGAAUGCUAUGGAAGAUUCUGAAUUGCGGAAUGUGCAAACAGUUUACGAUUCUCCCAAAGUAACAAGCCAUUCUCGGUUGCUUUUUGGAGCGCAGAGCAGAGUUUUCGACGCCGAAAAUUCCCUCGAGAUGGAAAAAGAUUCGAAGAAGAGACACUCGCAGAAAGAUUUUACGGAGAAUUCAACUUCAAAUGGAAGCCGAGAAAAAGAAAUUGAAAAUGAAACUAAAGUUAUUGCGACUGUAAUGGACGCCGAGAAAGGAAGAUCAAACCCAUUCGAGUACUUUAAACAACAUCGAUUUGAUAAAGAGCUGGACCUGAACGGAUGGGUGCUGGGCCCGAUAAGGGCAUAUGAAAUUGCCACGGAGCUUCUCUCUUCUUCGACUGUUGUGAGUUUGUUUCUCGCAAACAACCGCCUUGGAAACGAAGGGGGCAGGGCCAUUGCAGAAGGUUUGCUCGGGAACUUUUCUGUUAAGGAGCUGGAUUUGUCCGGAAAUAUGCUCGGGCGAAACGCAGUCUCCAGUAUUGGAGAGAUGCUCAGAAAAAAUCGAACUCUGGAAAAGUUGAAUCUCUCGAGAAACGACCUAACAGAUCAAGACAUGGAAGUGUUUCUUGAAUUCCUCUGCGGCGAAAUUAUCUUAAAAGAGCUGGACUUAUCUCAUAAUAUUCUAUGCGAUCAAUUCGCUGAACGUAUGUCGCGAGUCUUAAAGAGUCAUUUUAUUCUCGAAAAGCUUUCCCUCAACUCAAAUCAGCUUGAAGUAACUGGCUUACAAGCCUUGAUGCCCGGUCUUCGAUGCACGCAAUCGCUUCGGGCUUUGAACAUUUCGUGGAAUUACUUGUACGACGUUGGAGCUGAAAUUCUUGGCGAAAUAAUCGCUGACAACGAAAGCCUAAUUGAAAUUUCCGCCUGUGGAAAUCUAUUCACAGCCAAAGCAGCCAGCUUCCUUGCCAAGGGGGUUGUUAAUAACUCAAAUUUGAAAAUUCUUCGCAUUGGUCAGAAUUUGAUCCGAAACUCGGGAGCGUAUGCGUUUAUCGAUGUCUUAUCUCAAAGCGGCUCGUCUUUAACCGCGCUUGAGGUUUUGGAUAUCGAUGGUACCAUUGUUGACCAAAAGUUUAAAGAAAGAGUCGAGACUAAGUUUUCUGAAAAGCCUGGUGCUUUAAAGGUAGUCAACGCUUCGGUUGUGGGUGAAAUUUCGAACGAGCUAGAACAGUUUGUGGAAAAAUCGCCUGAAGAUCUUUCCAUCUGAUUCAGGUCCAUUAGCUUCUUAUUUUGAAAGAAAUAUGUCAUGAAAUAUUAAUUGACUGAUGAGGAGUAACUCUUUAAAAUUCACAAUUUUCAUUUUUGCGACAAGGAAAUUUUGAAAUGUUAUAUGUAGAUUACCUUGCGUACAGAGUUUUACAGAUUGAUGUUCUCAAUAUUCAGAGGGGUGAAGCGUGUGUACAACUUCUGUAGAAUGUCUCUUGAAUAGAUUCAGAUCAUUUCACACCUUUUUUUUUUACAUUGCACAUUAAACUAGCAGGCUACUUUUGAUGUAUCUAGUGCAAUUGUAAUGAGACAUAGAGAAGAUAAAUGAUAGAAAUGAAUAAAUACAUUCAUUAGAUUUCAUUUUUGUCCUUCUAACCUCUCCAGCGAAAGAGUUGUGCGAUAUCGAAAGAAACUUAGAGCAAUUUUCAAUUGAGCGUUAAAGGAAUCCGGUUUUCAUCUUGUCUCAUCAGAGUGAAUCCAAUUCACGCUAUGAUUGGCCCAGAAAACUCGUACUGGUCACUCAAUCAAUCAAUCAAAUGCAAAUCUUAAACCAAUAACAACUUGGCGGCCCGCGUUUUCCCGCGCUUGAGGGGGUUUGGUUUUUUUUUUAAUUUGAGCUCUUAUUGGCUCCAAAUGGUAUUUUCCUCACUUCUAUUUGGCUGUUGUGAUUACCUGGGUUUUGCUUUUACGAAACUCAAUCGAAAAGCGCAAUAUUUCCUCUAAUGUCGCUAUUACAGUAAAGGGAAUAUCGCCCACUCAUUUGCUGAUUUCUAUUUGAAAUGAUUUGGUUCAAUUUGCACCAUUUGUUCUUAAGGCAACCUUUGGAUCAGUUCCCACGAACAAAGCCUGACGAAUCAGUCAUUAACAACCUUAAAUUGCUUUCCUUCUUCGUCCCACAACCUUCUACUGGGUUUGAGAAAGUCUUGAAAGGACGGUGACGACAACCUGAUACAGCCUUAGCAGAUGAUUCCUUUAGAAUCUAGAGGGUCUCUUAAUUACUUAUUCAAGAGAGAAAAGAAGUCAGUCGGAAUUAUGCUGCUAACUGUCUUCUCGUUUUCAUCCGCAGAAUGUCAAAUUGUACUUCAGGCUCAACAGUGGCUGGUGUAAAGUAAGUUCACUUUAACAACCGAUGGUGUCUGGUAAACAGGAAAUCAUGCAGGUUUUUGUUUCUAUCCAGAAAAUAAAGAAGCUUUCAAAGUUGAUUUCAUCGAAUGCAAGUGCCUUUGAACGCUUUUUAGUCAUGUGUAGGGUCGAAAUGUGAAUGCGUUUUUGUGGCGUAAAGCUUUGUGUCAGAGUACGAACAGUUUCAGUGUAAUUAGUUGGUAGUUGUUUAGGUCAUGUCAAAAAAGAUUUUGAAGGAUAAGGAAGAUCAUUACAUUUAUAAUGAAUGGCCGUGGUAGAGCACUUAUUUUAUUUAAUUUUUCUUUUUUUUCUGUUUUGGAUAUUUUCAGUAAGGCUACUGUUUGUUCUUGCUCUACAAUGCCAUGUCUUUUGAAAUUCUGUUCUUUUUAUCGAGCGCACAUGAUAAUUUAUCUUGUUGAUGUGGUGACGAGUCGACCAUAUGACAUCACUAAUCCUGCGCGCACGCGUUUAUUUGAACAGGCGCUGUUCAUGUUCUGCGGAAUCAUAACUUGCUGUUACUUCUGCUGUUGCUGCUUCUUCUGUUGUAAUUUCUGUUGCGGAAAGUGCAAGCCAGUUCCAGACGAGCAGUGGGAGGAUUUCGAAUUUGAUGACGUUAAAGAUGAGGAGGAUCCGAUAACGAAGCAGCCCGGUAGUAACGGAAAUGACACAAGCAGCGAGCAACCCCCCAAAUCACCUGGUGUUGACAGCGCGGCCAGCAACAGUACAGCGAAUUCCGCUAUCCCCAUGCCCUCGUCGUGAAUGACGUAGCAUUAGUGUUCAAAGGGAGUGGGGUGGGUAGAGUAUAUAUUUUUUUUUGCUGGCGGCCAUGUUGGAUAUUUGAAGGCUUGUACAAUGAAGGCAACAUGUUCUAGGUGACGAGAGGGUUAAAGAUAUAAAAUGUUUCUAGGUUCAGAAGGAUAAAUCGUAGCAAAGGAUAUGGAUAGGCUUCUGAGAUCUUAAGCUAACAGCUCUGAAUUGAGAUAGCUUUGGGGACUGGAGACGCUCUUUAGUUAUUCAAUAUGGCUGCCAGUACGCGUCGUUUGCAUGAAUUGUUAACUCAACUUUUUUCAGCUAUGGGAAGAAAGGUCAAUGUUGUGAAGGUUCUUUUUUUCAGUCCAGUUUAAUAUGCGUUAUGAUAAUGUAACAUUAAACAUAUUGUGAAGGGUAAUUCAAGUCUUUUCUACUUUUACGUUGACAAUACUUCUUGUGAUUUUUUUUUCCUGUCUAAACUGGUAAUGACCUUAUCUCUCUAGAUAAAUAAGUAAAUGAAUUGUUUAUGAAGUAAUGACGGAUGGAAUGACCAAGUUUGGAAGUUUGGCUUGCAGGAAAUCCAACUUUGCGUGUGGGGGUAGGGAGUGGCUGCUUAACCCGUUAACUCCCAUGAGUGACCAAGACAGAAUUUCUCCUUACAAUAUCAAUACAAUAUUAACCAGAUAAGUGAUGAGAUUAAAGAAAAUUUUCCAUUUGGGGAUAAUGAGUUGAUCCAAUUCCCAGAACUAGCAUUACAAGAAUUGUAUGGCUGAUAGUAAGGAGAAUUACAAAUUUGAUCUGGGAGUUAAAGGAUUAAGACAUCGUGUGACUGUGGUAACAUCUUAUGGUUACUUUUCUCAUAUCAUAAGGGAAUUCAUAUCUUCCCACUUAUAGACGCGUGUUAUAUUCUUUCUUUUUUUGUUUUCCCAUUUCAUUUGGUUCUAUGAAUGGGUCCUAAUCGGUAUUACCUUUUGGUAGCCUCUUGUAUGGAUGCUGAAGUUCGUAAGGACGAAGCGAUUUAUAAUUUUUCAGUUUGUAGUUUAGAAACCUUAACUAUGGUUAUGAUGCAUGUCGGUUGACCUUCGACAUGACUGGUCAGCAAAUUGUGAGGGAACUUGUUUGAUAGCGGUUUUUUCCAAAAUGUGUCGCUGGUAACUGUUAGUUAUAUCAUUUUCAUUAGAAGUUGAGUGGUUGUUCAGGCCAUUUUCGUUGAAUAAUAGGUGAUAUUUACCUUUACCUAAACAAAUAACUUUAUUAAGUUGUAUCAGAUAUGAAAUUGAUAUUUUUUUUCGGUUAAAUAACAAAGAAGCAUUAGACGGAUACUGAUACACGAAAGAAUCUUUGGUUCUUGCAGUACACAGCUCUCUUAAAGGUGGCUACUCAUUUAUGCUUUGAUUACGAUACCUUGAUUUUAAUUUCCGAAUCCAACAGCUUAGUCUCCUCUUUGUUUUUCUCUCUCCAUUGAGACUUGUUUCGAACGAGAUUUUUCACCACGGCAUGAUAGAAACCUGAGAAAAACACGGCGAUAUUAAAAACUCAAGAGCGUUACUUACCUGUCAUAUCUGGUGUAGGUUUUGUUACGCAACUUUUUCUCUUAAUCACAAAAAAAGUGGAAGCCAUUCUCUUUUUUUGGCUUUUUUUCUCUUAAAUGUCUGCGUUUGUAUUUUUUCUCACAGGGUUUAGCGUCACCGUAACUGGGUAUCUUUCGUUCUUCCUGUCAACCUUUAAUUUUGAAAUUUCCGUUUCAACGAGGCAAGUUCUCACAGAGGGUUUCUUCGACAGGCGAACAUUAUAUAUUCAUAUGUUUCAAGUUGUCAAUUAAGAAUUCCGUUUAGGUUGUAUAAUAAGUUAUUUCAGUAAUUGUAAUGAAGAAUUUCGCAAAUAAAGGUGCGAAAAUUU